CGGUAUAUUUCUGAGGGUCAUAAGUCCCCGGUCACACUGCAUGAAAUACAAUUUUGAUGGAAAUUUCUAUAAACGUCUUUGUUUUUCUGCUGUACACUCUAAUCGUGAUUUAUCUGCAGCACUUUGUUAACAAGUACACCGAGUUUGUGCGCAGCCUCUAAAUGUUGGGCCUGCAAUCCUACGCCAGCU